GUUUCCGUGCACGUGACUGUGCCUCGGAAAGCGAAUGGGUGAAUCUUGGCAACUGCGUUCACGUCACGUCACGUCACGUCACGUCUGUCAUCGCGACGGCAGGCAUUCGAUACUGAAACACAUUGUCCACCAUGUAAUGUAAUGCUAAUAUGCAUAUUCGCAUCCCUCUCUUCCGCAUCUGGUAUAGCACAACGUAUACCGUCCUCUUCUUUAUCCUCAUCGUCCUACUCGCCGUCACCCCGGGCGACACCAUCUACCAAUCCAUCCGCAGCAACGAGCUUCAGAAGCUCUUCGUCAUCGGCGGCGUGUACGUCCUUACCUUCCUCAUCGUUCUCCUGGUCUACUCAACGCGCCUGUACACCAACCGCACUGUCCUACAAGCCAUCCCGAAAUCGUACAUACCAGUCGAAGAUGGAGAGGUGGGCAAGAUAGUCCGGCGCAUGAUCGUGAAGGUAUUGAAGCGCAGCGCCAUUGUCGCGUGGGACUCUAAUCCGCGGGACGUUCGGGGAGAGGUACGAGAUGAUGGAGAGGGUGGGGCAAGGCCGUCCACUGCAGAACGAAACCACUCGGCGUUCAAGAGGCGGAGCAAUUUUCUAGAGUCUACCAUCAUUCCAGUGGCUGCGGCCUCCCCUCCAUGGGGCCGUGUAUCACAUCCGGGGUGGGCUUCGCCUGCAUCGGACGAUCUACCCAAUCUUCAGUACUGGAGCGUCAUCACUGAACUUCCUAAUCUUAUUGAAGCGAAAGCUGUUUCCCUUGCCCCCCGGGAUCCAGCUGUAGAAGGACCAGCACAUGCUGAAGACAAUACACCAAUGUUACCUGAUGCACAGGUAGUCGCCCUGCUCCAGCGACCAGCGCCGAUGGGCCUACGCGAAUAUCUAAGCCGACUAUCCUCAUAUGGUUUGAUCAACCCUGCCAGUCUCGGCCCCAAGUUCCUCGCCCAGUACGAAUACGCCCGAUUUUCCACCCAGCCUCUCCCAGAACCCGAAUUCCGGAACUUAAUGGCUGUCUUCGCAGAUAUUCUCAACGGGAUGACAGAGCUGGACCCUGCUAUUAUUGAAGAAGUGCGAGUGGAGGAUGUCGAAUCUGAUAUCCGCAGCCUUGCCCCUUCACAAUCAUCAAGUAGCUCUACAGGCUCAGCAAUACGCUACCGUACCCCGCGUCUUGCCGGACAAGCCGAAUUUUCCCAUACCGAGGCUGUAUCAUCUCAUCGUGAUGGCAGCGAGAGUCCGCAAACCGUUCGCACUGCACUGUCCUUUCGCCGUAAUUUCAGUUCUGGUGGACACAUCUUACCGCGAACUCCAUCCGAGAGGUCAUUGGGCUCUGGAUCAGUCAGAAUAAGGCAACUGCAGCGAAGUCCAUCGACCAUCUUGCCGAAUUCAUCAUCAUCUUCUUCUUCGUCGCUGAGGUCUGCGCGAUCUGUUGUGAGACUGCGACAAAGCCCCGAAGAAGGAGAGCUUCCGUAUCAGUACUAUCUUGAUGAUGGAUGAGGCUCGAUACGUUCGACAAGAUAUGAUUUUCCCAACAAUAGGUGUUAAGAGACAUACCAUGAGGAAAUGGUGCGAAGAUUGGUCGCGCUUCAGAAGGUUUGCAUCUGUAGUGAGAUCCAACAAUAGACAAGGAGGACAGCAGGCAUAUUGAUACCAUAGCCCGGAUACCUUCAGUUCCUUAUGGGAGAUCUGAAUAAAAAGACGGCCAGCUAAGAUAACGUAGGAAUGCCUUUGGAGCAAAUGUUGAUGCACCAAGAUGCAAUAUGGGGAAUGUUGGUUACCCUUCAAGCUGCAAAACAAGCGUGGGGGCUCUCAGCCCUCUUUAAAAAUUUUGGCCUAGAUGUAAGGCAUAU